CAACAGCCAACUGAAAAGAGAAAGCACUAAACCGCUGUAAUUUGUACCCUCACUAUUAUCGAUAUUUCCGUUGUCUCUCGAACACUUCAACGCAGCACCAAAAAGGCACGAAGCAGAAAUGUCUGGCGGCCCGGCAAUAACACUGAAGAGUCAACCCAUUGAUGGCAGCAAUAGCAAUGCUGCUGGACAUCAUCAACAGCAGCAACAACAACAAUCUGCUAACAAUGCAGCGUCUUCGGCCCAACAACAACAACUGCAGCAACAACAACAACAAGGUACAGCUGCCCAAGAGGGAACUCGCCAGAAUAGCUUGCAACGCAUACAGCAACGCAAGCAGAAGGUCUUUAAUCUGCCCGAGGCACAAAAACUGGCCAAGCUCUCCAUGUAUUCGGCAUGUCAAGCCGAUGGCUGCCGCUGCACGGGUUGGAAGACGCCACAGGAGAAUCGCCACCGCGAUGUCGAGUCUUCUUAUUGUCCGGAAUUCAGUGAGGAGUGUCGUAACGUUAGCUGUCGUCAUCCAUUGCGCACACACAUCUCACAUCUGAAGGAGAUUUCACGUUCCAGCAUGGAUGAUCUACUUGGCGCCAUCAUCGAUAUGGAAAACUUGUUCAUGUCCAUGCAACGCGUCGAAGACGAGGACACAAAGAAGGUAUAUUUGUAUCUAUUUCGAUUGCUGCGUCAAUGUGUGCUCACACGUCAGCAGGCGGUGAUUCGUGGUCCGUUAGGGGAUCCACCUUUUGAGUCGCCCUGCAUCACCAAGGCCGUUUUAUCGUUGGUCUACUACAAGUACAAUCAUUUAAAUGCUGGAGAACUCCAAACGAUGACGGAGGUGGCCAAAACCUUUUUGAAUUUCCUCAAUCAUUACAACUUUGAAUCGCCGUCGGCGAGACGCAACGAUUUGACGCUGACGCACGAGGAUGCCUCCACUUAUAAGAUCAACUAUACCAGAUGGUUGGUCUUUUGUCAUGUGCCUGCCUUCUGUAACUCGCUGCGACAGUUCGAGACAUCGGUAGUCUUUGGUCGUACUUUGUUGCGAACUGUCUUCCAAUAUAUGUCGCAGCAGCUAAAGAAGAAGUGCAUCUCGGAACGUGAUCGUUUCCCGGAGGAUAAGCGUUCGAUCAUCACACAAAUGCCCAAAUUUCUGGAAGCAUUGCGUGCGGAACUGCUGAAAGAUGAUUCGCCCAUUUGGGAUACAAAUUACCGACCACCCAAUUCAUUUGUUAUGCAGCAACGUAAGCGUCACCAGGAAAUUGCACCAUUGGCAACUAAUGUCAUGGCUGCUGCUGCUCCAGCAACUGGUGGCACCAGUAAACGUUCGAGUGUUGGAGAACCCGUAAAUAAGCGGGCUAAAAAAGAGGUACCCGACCGCAGCAGCAGCGAGCAUCAAGAUGAUCUGCCUGUCGAGGUUGUGGCGCGUGCCAUGAAAGCAGUCUCGGAGUCCAAGACCACCAACAAAGCUGAGAUAUUGUUUCCCGUUAAUGUGUCUCGCGAUGAAAAUGUCAAGGCGGAGGAGCUGAAGCGUGCCAUCGAGUUUCAUGUCGUUGGAAAUUCGUUGACCAAGCCGGUGGACAAACAAACCAUACUUUGGCUUCUGGGCUUGCAACUAGUGUUUGCUCAUCAACUCACCGAGAUGCCGCGUGAAUACAUCAGCCAACUGGUGUUUGAUCCCAAGCACAAGACCUUGGCAUUGAUUAAGGAGAAUCAGCCCAUUGGUGGCAUUUGUUUUCGUCCAUUUCCGUCGCAGGGUUUUACUGAAAUUGUCUUCUGCGCGGUCACAAUGGCCGAGCAGGUCAAGGGCUAUGGCACACAUCUGAUGAAUCAUCUUAAGGAUUACAGCAUUCAGCGUAACAUUAAGCAUUUGCUGACAUUUGCCGAUUGUGAUGCCAUCGGCUACUUCAAGAAACAGGGUUUCUCCAAGGACAUUAAGCUAGCACGUCCUGUUUAUGCGGGCUACAUCAAGGAAUACGACAGUGCUACUUUGAUGCACUGUGAGCUGCAUCCAAGCAUUGUCAAUACACAAUUUAUUGCAGUGAUUCGCAAUCAGAGCGAGAUUCUCAAGGAACUCAUCGCUCAGCGCCAUAACGAAGUGCAGAAGGUGCGACCAGGUCUCACCUGUUUCAAGGAGGGCUUACCAUCCAUACCGGUUGAAUCGAUACCUGGCCUCAGGGAAAUCGGCUGGAAGCCCCAGAUGCGUCCAGCACGUGCUUCGCGUCCGCUGGAGGAAUCACCUGAUCCCGAGAAAUUGGCAACAUCGUUUCAAUCUGUGCUGCAGUCCACGCGUCAGCAUGCCUCGGCCUGGCCAUUUUUGCGUCCUGUUACCGCAGCUGAAGUUCCCGACUAUUAUGAUCAUAUCAAGUAUCCAAUGGAUCUAAAGACGAUGGGCGAACGUUUAAAGCGAGGUUAUUAUCAAACACGUCGCUUGUUUAUGGCGGAUAUGGCGAGGAUUUUCACAAAUUGUCGCUUCUACAAUUCCCCCGAGACUGAGUAUUACCGUUGUGCCAACUCCCUGGAGCGUUAUUUCCAAACCAAGAUGCGUGAGCUGGGAUUGUGGGACAAAUGAUCGGACGAUUUAGCAACUCAUCCAUCGGGUUCGAGCUGAGUGAAUCCUGCUAAGACACAAGUAUCUACUAACUAUGUAUAGAGUAUUUUGACUGCUUUGUUUUAGAUAGCACCCGAUAAAUACAUAACUAUAAUUUUACGCUCUUUCAGAAUGCUUAUAAACUUAUGCAAAGUUAUCUAAUGCUUAAUCCUUAUUUAUUAUAGAACAUAAUUCAUCUGUAUGCACGAACUACUAUGGAAGUUAAUAAAAGUGAUUUUUAAGGGAAUUAAUGAUGCGAAUUUAAUGACAAUUUGUUUCUUAACCAGAAACAAAGUAAUCAAAAUGAUAUAAUUUUGUUCUUCACUAAGUACAUUGCCCUCUUCAUUCUCGAAUUUCUGUAGUUGUCCAUUAUUAAGAAGAAUUAAAUUAUGAAAUUUAAUUGCGAAAGAACAGGUAAAUUACCAGCGAACAGAAAUCGGCAGCAAUAACUCUAGGUAAUUUUUCACUUCGCAUUUAAUAAGUUCAAUGACCUUAGCUAUUGUGAGCAGAAAUGUCCAACGCUUUUUAAAGUCGUAUAAAGUAAUCUUUGAGUAAACAGAAUCAGCUUUCUCAAUACUUGUUUUUUGGUUUCAAUCAAUUUUGGAUCCAAUGAAAUUGAAGCAAAGUUAUUCAAAAAGGAUUUCAAAACAAAUGAACACAAGCCUAGUGUCUGCAUAAACAUUGUAUCUAUUGGAAAAUAUGACUUUGUUUUUUUUUUUUCAUUUUACUUAUUAGCGAGUUAUACAUAUUUAUUACAAUUUCAUACAUUAUUUUGUGCUCAACAUAGAAGUAAAUUCUCCCAUUGCUUAAUAGCAUUUAACGCAACACUAAAACCCAUUUUGGUUUUUAAGGGUCGUGAAAGUAAUUUCAUAAUAAUUUAUCUCUGAUUUUUUAAUAUGCAUUUGAUGGCUUAUUAUAUACGAAACAUUUACAAAAAAAAAAUUAAACAUGCUUGAUGUACAAUCUUGAAUACUCGUAAAAUCUCUGUUAAAU